UCCAACAUUUCUAACCUCAAAAAUACAUAAUCAUUUUCAUAAUCGCAAUCAAAUAAAUUCAUCAUUGUAGUCAACAAUGACUUGUGAUUAAUUCAUUCAAUUAGUAGCACUUAUUACUCUUUCGAAAACGGAAAAUGGCCACUACAAAUUUUCCAGUUCUGCAAAAUGACCGCAUCCUGAAAGUGAUUAAGGGAGAAAAACCCGAUAAACUCCCGGUAUGGAUUAUGAGACAAGCUGGCAGGUUCUUGCCUGAAUUCAGAGAAUUUAGAAAACAACACAGCUUUUUCGAAAUAUGUCAAACGCCUCAACUGGCUUGUGAAGUCACCCUAAUGCCUAUUAAGAGGUUCGGGUUAGAUGCUGCAAUAAUUUUCAGCGAUAUACUAGUAAUUCCACAAGCUUUAGGAGUAGUUGUAGAAAUGAGGCCAGAAGUGGGUCCUGUCAUUCCUAAACCGUUAACCCUAGACUCAAUCAAAGAUCUGAAUGAGGAAGGUGCUGUAGAUCGUUUAACCUAUGUUGGUGAAGCCAUUAGACUAACUAGAAGAGAACUAAAUGGUAAAGUCCCACUAUUUGGAUUCUCCGGAGCGCCUUGGACUCUUUUUGGUUAUAUGGUUGAAGGUGGUGGUUCUAAAACUAUGUCAAAAGCCAAAAAAUGGUUGUACAAAAACCCAAAUGAAUCGAAUAGUGUUUUGAAUAUUCUCACUAAUGUCAUUAUAGAUUACUUAGUAAUGCAGGCUGAAUAUGGAGCUCAAAUAUUGCAAGUAUUUGAAAGUAGUGCAGAAUACUUGAAUAAGGAUCUUUUUAACAAAUUUGCAUUGCCUCAUCUAGAAAGAAUCUGUAAUCAGGUGAAAACUAAAUUGAAGGAAAAAAAUUUGGAUGUCCCUCUUGUUCUUUUUGCCAAAGGGUCACACUUUUCUCUUACAGAACAAUCAGAAUUGAAUUAUGAUGUGUUGGGUAUUGAUUGGACAGUUGACCCAAAAGUAGCUCGUUUACUUACCAAGGAUAAAGUACUUCAAGGCAAUCUAGAUCCUUGUGCUCUAUAUGCUCCAAAAGAAGAAAUUGAGAGGUUGGUUGGAGAAAUGGCAAAAGGAUUUGGGACUUCAAAAUAUAUUGUAAAUCUGGGACAUGGCAUUUACCCAGAUAUGGAGAUAGAACAUGUAGAAGCUUUCAUUGAAGCUGUUCAUAAAAUAAAAGUUUAAUAUUAUAAAAUAGAUUUUUAUAUUUUAUUGAGAAUUUUUUACAUAUAUUAUAACAUUCAAAUUA